GAUCUCCCUACCCUCUCUUCUCUCUGCUCGGCUUAGUUCUGAGCUCACUGUUAGGAGAACUUUUUCUUUCCAUUUUCGGUAAAUCAAAUGGCGAACGCUUGGAAGAGGGAGAAGCCCUUGUCGGUCCUCUCUCCCAAAACCCUAAUUCUUGUUCUUCUCCCGAUAUCAUUCUUCGUUGUUUUCUUCUUCUUGUAUCCUUCUUCCAACCCUAGCUCAAUCCUGGCACGAGAAACCCUAACCCUAACUCUAGGGUCGGGGAUCCGGCCCUUCGACUGCGUCUCCUGCCCGCAGGCGUCGCCGGUGUUCGCCAGCGUGGUGGAGGGCGUCCGCCACCCCUUCCUCUACUCCCUCGCCGACCUCGGCGCGCUCCCGGAGAAGCCUCACAAGAAUAUUGUGCGGAUGCUCAAGGGGAAGCCCUUCCGGAAGCCCGACAUAUCGGUUACGAUCCAGGAGUUUCUUGAGGGGAAGACCAGAGAUGGGUUGGUGGUGGAUGUGGGGGCCAAUGUGGGGAUGGCAACCUUCGCGGCGGCGGCGAUGGGGUUCAGGGUGGUGGCGUUCGAGCCGGUGUUUGAGAAUCUUCAGAGGAUUUGUGAUGGCGUUUUCCUGAAUCGGGCGGCAGACAAGGUUACUGUGUUUGCCGCAGCUUCUUCGGAUCGAAUUGGGAACAUUACUUUCCAUAAGUUGGUGGGCCGCCUGGACAACAGUGCCAUCUCUGCAACUGGUGCAAAACUAGCAUUCAAAUCUAAUGAAGAGAUUGCUGUAGAGGUGCCAACAAUCCCCUUGGAUGAAGUCAUUCCAGAUACGGAAAAUGUGUUGCUGAUCAAAAUUGAUGUCCAAGGUUGGGAGUACCAUGUCCUGAGAGGUGCCUUAAAACUGCUAUCUAGAAAAAAAGGGCGUGCCCCAUACCUCAUAUACGAGGAAGAUGAACGGUUGCUGAAGGCGAGCAACAGCAGUUCAGAGGAGAUUAGGAGGUUCCUUGGCAGUGUGGGUUAUCAUCACUGUCAGCGUCAUGGUACAGAUGCUCACUGCACAAAAGAUUAGUAACCAAACAGCUUGCGGUGGUUUCAUGUUUCCUCUCCAAUUCCUUGGAAGAGCGAUGUUCAGAGGGGUGUUGAAGGCCUGUUGAAACCAAGUCAUCAGCAUGGGAAAAUAAUUCCUACAAGAGACUGGUGCUAUGGUUUCUUUUUACUACCUGAAGCAGAGGAAAUGUGGAGUGCUGGUGCUUUCAGAUAUACUAAGGUCAACAUAGCAUUUCAUGGUCCCCGAUCCCAAGCCAUGUCAUUCCAUCCAUUUGCCAUGCUAUCAUUUUGUGAGAGCACGUUCCUGCAUUUUUUUUUCCUUAUUGUAUGGUGUGUUCGCAGAUUAAGCCGGUUAAACAUGUAUAACCAGGAUCGUAAAAGAUAAUAGCAUAAUAUUGAUGCGAAGAUGAUAUAUCUGCUGCCAUGGCCAUUCUGUGGUAGACUGUUUUUCUUUAUGGUGGUAUGAAACCUUUCAAGUUU